ACUCAAUGACGAACAUUGGCAGAUUCACGCAGUCAUUCAUUUUCUACCACUAAAAUAAAUUUAAUUUCAUUAUUUCCGGUGAAUUUAAACGUACCAGAAGUGUUUGUUGUUGUGUGUGCCAUAAUAAUUAUCGUCCUCCGUCUGCUCUGGAGUGAUUUAGGUGUAAAGUAGGGCAUUGAAAAUAAUAACUUAACCUUGUCUUAUACAAAACAAUUUCGGCCAAACCGGUUUUGUCGUUAAGCAGCUUAUGAAUUUAGGGUUUGCGUGAUUUUACCUGCCGCCUGCAGCUUCGAGAUGGCCCUAAAGUUUUUUAUUGUGUCAGUUUUACUCAUCGGCACAGCAGUAUGCCAAACAGAUGAGUCACUGUCGAGCGCAGUGGACUCUCUGCCGCCAGAGCUGCAAGGGAAGGUGGACAAAGGACAAGUGGAGGAACUGAAGAACAAGACCACUCGCGUCUUCAAGGAGAAAUGCGAGAAGAAUGGAGGGCCUGACGCUUUCAGCAAUGUUGAGAACGCGGCGAAAGACUUCAUGACGUGCAUCAACGGGCUGGUGGACCGCGCCGUGCUGGAGAAGGAGAUAGAGGACGCCAAGCCCGAGGGCAAGGUCGACGAGGUGUUCAAGAAAUACUGCGACAAGACACCAUCCUUCGAGGGUUGCUUCAAGAACGUGACCGAGGCCGCCAAGCCCUGCUUCACGGCGGACGAGGGGAAGCACCUCAAGACGGUCUACAACAUCACGGAGCAGCUCGCACAGUUCGUCUGCUUCAAGGGAGGCGACAGGAUCGCGCUGUUCAUAGCGGAAGGCGGCCCAGACUGCUUCAAGUCGAAACAGGAGGACAUCCAGAACUGCUUCAACGAGACGAUGGGCAGCGACGUCAAGUUCGACCCCAACGAGCUGAGUGUCGACUCCAUACCCACCAUCGCUUUUGAUGAGAAGGAGUGCAAGCAGCUGUCCCAGCUGCAGAAGUGCGUGGUGGCGACGCUGGAGACGUGCGAGCAGCCCACCUCCGCCAACAUCGUCGAGAGCCUGUUCAAGUUCGCGCGCAAGGCCACGCCUUGUGUGAAGUUCCCUGAACACGGAGAGAAAAACAAGAACGGCAGGCGAGGUGACCCUUCAGAGCAGAAGCCAGGCUCAGCCAGUGGCCUGUCCAUCGCUACCGCCACCAUCCUCACAUCCGUCAUCGCUGCCUACCUCAUGUAAGGAAACUACAGUCUAUAAGCCAUCAUUACAUGUAUUGCGAUAAGACACAAGUUCCCAACAUUUAACAAGAACGUAAAAGGUUAAGUUGCUGAAUCAAUUUGAAAGCGUACUGAUGUCUAGGGUAGAAAUUGAUUUUCAAAAGUAUAAUUACAAAAGUAAAGUCAAAUAGAGACCUGCUGUAAGCAAAUAAUAAAACUAGCUAUUGUUGUCGAGUAGAAAUAGUCUUGCCUUCAAAAGAAAGUGAUGAUAUUAUGUUACUCUUAUUUCUGCCUGGGCAGUUUUAUCAAAGAUCACGUUAUUGUAAUAAUAAUAUGUAGUGUUUUUUAUGUAUUGAUUCAUUUCCUUUGGUAAGUGUUUUUGAUGUGGCCUGCAGCUUUGAGUGGUAUAAUUUUGUGAUAUAUAAAACAGUUUAAUUAUAAUUAUAGGCAGUUUUAAUUAAGGCUUUACCAUACGCACAGGGUAUUUGAUAAGAGUCCGGUUUUUUCUGUAUACAUAAUCAUAAAAAUCACAUGAGAUAUAUUGCCUGUCCGUCCUCGAUCGAGCAAUCCAUUCAUUUUAAUUAUUGUAAUAGCAGAAAUACGUAUUACAAUUUAAGUAGAUUAUUUAUUUUGAUACUAAUGUUUAAUCAAGCAGUAAGCUUCCAGUCUGGUAAUAAAUAUAGAGAGCACAAAGUGAAAUACAAUUUUAAAUUUUUUAUGGAUGAUGUCGUGACAUUCCGUGUGUUAAAAAUGCAUUAUAAAGAGCUUUGUUGUUAUUCAAAAUAUCCAGAGCUAUCGUAAAUAUUAUGUGCAUCAAUGUAGUUAUAAUAUUGUUUGUCUAGAUGUAGUAAAAUGGCCAUUCGCAAAUUAGUACAUAUCUAUGUAUACAGUGUAACUAGUGCAUAUGAAACUUGGGUAUUUUAUGUAUUUCAUUUGAUACUGCAUUGUAGAUGUAGGUUCAUAACAAAAAAUAGGUAAGCAUUAAUACAAACUAUAUAAUAUUAUUAUGUAUUUGCUCAAGUUUGGUUUUCUAAGCAUGAGUAUUUGAGCAAUAGGGGUAGUUAUAAGUGAAUGUGAAAGUAAAUAGGUGCCAAUACGCUUCAUUGCAUGUGGUUGUCCCAAAUCCCAAAUAUAACUUUAUGUGAACAAAUGUUAAACAUUCUCACACCCUUUUAUAUCAUGUGCUAAAAAAGUGGCCAAAAAAUUACCACUUCGAUGUUGAAUUAAAAAUUCGUGUAGCAUAUUAGAGUACACCAUAUAGAAUUUUUGCUACGAUAUUUUUUAUACUUAUAUAAUUUAUUAUUUUGAUUUUGUAAUGCGCAAAUGAGCAAACAUGACUAUUAAUAAUCAUUCAGUAUAAUUAUGUGAAAUGUAAAGCUAUACCAACCCCGUACUUAACCUGAAUAGUGCAAAUAUCAACACAGAUAAACUUAUUGCUUAUAAAAAUAUGACUUCAAUAAUUUGAAAUCUUCCACAACAAAACUUUUACUGUAGUAAGGCCUAAUUAUUUCGUCAUUAGACAAAGGGGGCAAUUGACCCAUGAUAUUGCCUAAACUUGGAAUAAAGCAGAAAGCUAGCUUGAUUUCGUGUGUCGGGUUCAUUGACUUGACGGAAUAUCUACCUUUUAUGAAUAAGUUUAAUGAGAUUAGCAGAUUAUUUAGACCUUUAUGAAGGUUCUAACUUUAACAGCUAUUAUUGUAACGGGAUUAGUUGGUGUUGUGAUAACUUUGUGUGAGUUGUGCUGAAAAUAAACAAGGGAUGGUAA